AUGACGUGUAAGACGGACAUCGGGAGGCUCUGCUCCAACGUGGUGUUCGGUAACGCUCAGAUGAUGGAGUGUUUAAAGGACAGGAAGAAGCAGCUGUCUCAGCAGUGUCACCAGAGGGUGUUUAAACUACAGGAGGGAGAGAUGCUGGAUCCAGAACUGGACUACCAGCUCAUGAGGGUCUGCAAGCAGAUGAUUAAGCGGUUCUGUACAGAUGUGGAUGCUAAGAACAUGCUGCAGUGUCUGAAACAGAACAAGAACUCUGAACUGAUGGAUCCCAAGUGUAAACAGAUGAUCACCAAGAGACAGAUCACACAGAACACAGACUACAGGUUGAACCCAAUAUUGAGAAAGGCCUGUAAGGCAGACAUCCCUAAAUUCUGUCAGCCAAUCCUGAACAAGGCCAGUGAUGACAGCGAACUGGAGGGCCAGGUGAUUGGUUGCCUGAAGCUGAAAUACGCCGACCAGCGUCUGUCUCCAGACUGUGAGGACCAGAUCAGAGUGAUUCUUCAGGAGUCGGCGUUGGACUAUAGACUGGACCCCCAGCUACAGAUCCACUGUGCUGAGGAGAUCCCCGGUCUGUGUGCGGAGGAGGCAGUGGCCCAGGAGCAGACAGGUCAGGUGGAGGAGUGUCUGAAGGCCAACCUGUUGAAGAUCAAACAUGACUUGUGUAGGAAGGAGGUGCUGAACAUGUUGAAGGAGAGCAAGGCAGACGUCUUCGUUGAUCCUGUCCUCCACACGGCCUGUGCCCUUGACCUCAAACACCAGUGUGCUGCCGUCACGCCGGGCAGAGGACGACAGAUGUCAUGUCUCCUGGAGUCAUUGCAGGAUAAGAGAGUCCGUCUGCAGCCAGAGUGUAAGAAGAGACUCCAGGACCGCAUGGACAUGUGGAGCUACGCUGCCAAGGUCGCUCCAGCAGAGGGUUUUUCAGACCUUGCAAUGCAAGUGAUGACCUCCCCCUCUAAGAACUACAUCCUGUUUAUAAUCUCCCUGGGGGUGAUUGUCCUCUUCCUGGUCGGCCUGCUGUGUGGACGCAUCACCAAGAGAGUCACCAGGGAACUGAAGGACAGGUAGAGAGG